AUGCCUAACAAAACAGAGUUGGCCCUGGUGCCAGUGACAGCAGCAAAAGAGGAGCUUGGAAAAGCACCUUCUGCUAAGAGCAAAGCAGCCACAAGUGAGCUUGGAAAAGCAUCACCUCAAAAAAAGGCCCAUAUGCUUGGAAAAGCACCAGCAUCUGCCAAGGCCAAGCUUGGAAAAGCCAAGCCUAGAAAAAAUGCAGGGAAGGUUGGAAAAGUUGGCAAGGAGGCCCUUGGAAAAGGUAAAAGAAAGCUGGCUCCCAGAAUCAGUGAUGUGAGCUUGGACUCUGAAGGCUUCCCUGGGAUGUUCAACAGCCCCUCCAAGAAAGGCAGAGCAAGCCAGGCAAGGCCCUGGCUGAUGAACCCAAAGAAAGGGAACCUUGGGUUGAUCUCAAGCAAACAGAUGCUAACAAGCCCCAGCCAAGAUCUUACCUUCAAGGCCAAGAAGGAAAGAAGGAAGGGGAUGCAGUGGUCAGCCCUGGAAAAGGCAGACCCAACUGACCCCACUGUCCUGGCCAAUCACCUGGAAGCCUUGGAAAAGGCAAAGGAAAGGGCAGGGGGCGCCAAGCACAGGGGCAAGAGUGGCCAGCCAAGGAAGGCUGUGCUCACCCCUGCUGCUGCUGCAAGCUCUUCUUCUGGCUUGGAAAAGCCAACAGCCACCUUGGAAAAGGAAGGCAAAAAAAAGAAGAGCAAGCCUGCCCAGGACUUGGAAAAGUUCAAGCCCAAGGAUUUGGAAAAGUCCCAGGGCAGCACCACCCAUGGCAGUGCCAACAAGGGCUUGGAAAAGCCUGUGGUGGUGGUCGACUGGCACAACACCUUGGAAAAGGAUAAUGUUGUGAGCCAGGACAACCUGGCAGGCUUGGAAAAGCUGCAGGAACACUGCAGACUGAUCCUGCUCUCUGCAGUGGACACUGCCAAGAGGGAGAGGCAAGUCCUGGUGGACAUGGAUGCCAUGAUCCCAGACCACAUUCACCAGCAGGGUCUUGGAAAAGAAACCUGCAGGGUGAAAUGUGGUGAGGGUGGGAAGGCAGAUCUUCCCUGGCAGUGGGAUGCUGUUGCCAUUUUUGAUGACAAUUGGCAGAUCUGCCAGGAAUGUGAGGCCUUGGGCAUUGAUGCUUACCAGGUCUCACAGGAGAAGGCAGCCAAGGGGGCCUUCUCCACCCGGGUGCCAAUGCUCAGUAGUCUUGGAAAAGACUGCUGGGCCCCUGGUCUUGGAAAAGGCUGGCUGCACCUGGCAGAAGGGCUUGGAUCCCACAUGGGCUUGGAAAAGCCCAGCAAGGUCAUUGGCUUGGAAAAGCCUUCAAUGAGAGGCAGUGCAUGA